AUGAUAGUUUUCGAUAAACUAUUGGUUUCCUUAAGCCUUCUAGUUCUUGUUACCAAAGUGGCUCACGGGCAGCCUCUAGUUCCUGCACUUAUCAUCUUUGGGGACUCUAUUAGUGAUGUAGGAAACAAUAACAAUCGCACUACACUAGUGAAGGCAAACUUUCUUCCUUACGGAAGAGACUUCCCUAGUCAUCAACCGACUGGAAGAUUUUGUAAUGGAAAGCUUGCUAUAGACUUCACAGCUGAAUAUCUUGGGUUCACCUCAUACCCACCAGCUUACCUUAGCCAAGAAGCCACAGGAGCCAACAUUUUAACUGGUGUUAACUUUGCCUCAGCUGCUUCUGGCUAUUAUAACUGGACAGCGUGGUUAUGGGGUGCAAUUCCACUAAACCAACAACUGAAUUACUACAGAGCGUAUCAAAGUAGAGUGGUGAAUAUGGUCGGACAAGCCGAAGCCGAUGCCAUAUUCUCUGGCGCCAUCCAUCUUCUAAGUGCAGGGACCAGCGAUUUCGUUCAGAAUUACUACAUCAAUCCAUUUCUUAGAGGAUACACACCUGACCAAUUCUCAGACAUCUUAAUCCGAUCCUUCUCCUCUUUCAUUCAGGAGUUGUAUGGACUCGGAGCACAAAGAAUUGGAGUUACAAACUUACCACCUAUCGGGUGUUUGCCCGUAGCAAUUACCGUGUUUAACCCAGGAAGCAACCAAUGCAACAUAAGACAGAACCAAGAUGCCAUUUUAUUCAACAACAAGCUAAACAACACAUCUCAAACUCUGAAGCAGAGACUUCCCGGACUCAAGCUCGUAGUUUUUGAUAUCUACCAGCCACUCCUGGAUAUGAUCACAAACCCUACUGACAGUGGGUUUUUCGAAUCAAGAAGAGCUUGUUGCGGAACAGGUACAUUCGAAACAUCCGUGCUCUGCAACUUGAGGUCUGUAGGAACAUGCAACAAUGCAACAGGCUAUGUGUUCUGGGAUGGAUUCCAUCCCUCGGAAGCUGCCAAUGAGGUCUUGGCUGAUGAUCUCCUUGCACAGGGCUUCGAUCAGAUAUCUUGAAUUUAUUUAUACAGCUUUGAUGAUUUACUAGUACUCCAUAUGAUGUGAUUCACACCCUCAUAAUCCUAAUUUUAUCUCUUUAAACUCAUC